AUGCAGUUCAAGCUCACCUUCAUCACGGCUCUCUUCGCUGCUUCUGCUAUUGCCGCCCCUGCUCCCUCCAGCCAGGCCAGCUGCUCCCAGUCUGUGGUCGCCGCUCUCAAUGGCGCAACCAAGCAGGUUUCUGAUCUCAACUCGAACCUCUCUGGAGCCAUCACCGCCGUCUCACUCGUUUCAGCCAUCAUUACCGGAUUCGCCGACAAUCUCUCCACUCUCCUUAACGGCAUUGUUCUCCCUUGCGAUUUUACCCUGAGUGCUCAGGACCAGCAGGAUAUUUGUGACGCUGCUACAUCGUUCAUCAACACCGACAAGGCUCUUGUUUCGACUCUCAGUAGCAAGGCCAGCCUCCUCUCUGGCAACAUCCUCAGCAUCAAUGCUCACGCUGCCAUCAGCAAUCUCGAGACCGCAACCACCAACUACCUGCGCCCGGUUGUUAGCAACAUGCCCAUCUGUGGGGGUUCCGUGCAGUCCGAGCUUAAGGUGCUGGAGUCUGACAUCAACAGCGUGGUUGCCGCUUUCUAG